ACAGAUGACGAUUGUUUUAGCAACAUGACCUGCGAGAAUCAUGAUGUCACGACAAUUGACCCUGAUACAUCGUUUGAAGAUGAUGAUUUGAAGUUGCAAAAGACACAGUCCGAAGGAUCCACUCCACGCAAAAUGGGCGUGGAAGAACGGCAACAAAUUCUCAUUUUGAAUCCAGAUUUUAUCACACUCCGAUCAGGAUUGUUGGAAGAGGAAAAGUUUACUCCCCGAUCCAAAAUCAUUGCUUUGUGUCUCAUGUUUUCCAUUCUAAUGUUUCUGAAUAUUAUGAUUGGAGGAGGGGCCUUUCCCAGCCCUUGGGGUAUCCGCUGUGGUUCGGUUGCCUUUUGGGUCGUUCAAGUGAUCAUGGUGGCAUUCCUGGUAUCUUCAGCUUGGGCCGCCCAGACAUAUCUUGUCAAUCGCCAUGAGAUGAAGGAAAUUGUGCGCUUUGACUAUGUUCAUGGAGAUAUCAAAUGGGAUGCUCGCAGUGCCAUUAUAUAUCCAGCACUCUUCAUCUGUGCCGGGACCUUCGCUGGGCUCUUCGGUAUUGGUGGUGGCAUGGUAACAGUCCCACUCAUGCUUGCGAUGGGAGUUCAUCCAGCAGUUGUGAGUGCCACUUCCAGUGCCAUGAUUCUGUUUACCAGCUUUGCAUCUGCCAGUUCCUACCUGGUCUUUGGCCUGAUUCUGUAUGACUAUGCCAUUGUUUGCUUUGUGGUUGGUUUCUUUGCUUCCCUGUUUGGAAACAAGGUGAUGCGUCAAGCUCGUCAAGCCAAGAGUGCCAACGGACGCAACUUUGAACGCAACUCCUACAUUGCCUUUUGCAUUGGUGGUGUGAUUUUGGUCUCUUCUUUGCUGAUGACUAUUGACUAUGUCUUUCGAGUAUACGCCUUUGAUGACGUUGAUUAUCCAGAGGGUCUCUGUGAGGGGUAUCGGAUCUAGUGCUUCUUGGUGACUGUGCUGUGCCAUAUCUACUUAGUCUUAUUGCCAGUGAAUUGCAAUAGGCUUGUCCAUACUCUACCAAGGCACGGGAAAACAUUGCCUGGUUGUGCCACUUGUAACUUCGGCAGACACGGCUAAAGUAGUAUCAUAUGAAAUU